UGAUGACAUGAAUGUUUAAUGGAGCUUCCGCUAACAAUGAUUGACUGCGAAAGAUAUCAAUGUGUUCCGCUCAACGUUUCUUCUAUAGGAGCAGCUCAUCCAACUGCUAAUUUAGUGAGUUCAAAAAGGCCUAAUCUCUUGUUUUAUCGAAAGACGUCAGGUCCCAUCGAAUUCGUGUUCUCUCAAAAUGGACUGAUUGUCUGGGGACAAACGAGUUCAUGUUCAAAUAUCAACAAUCCGUCUGACUACAAAACUGUGUCGCUCCCAGAAAGCCUUGAUUUUGGACUAUGGUGCACAUUCAAUCCAGCUGAUUGUUGCGAGGAAAAUGCAGACACCUGGGACGCAUUCGUCAUGAUCAAGUCGUCUCUUCUCACUGCAAUGACUUUUAAAGGCGAUUACUUCCAAUCCAAGUUGACAGUUGAGCCGAAAUCUGUUUGGGCAACCAAGAACUUCGGGUUGAUCGUUGAAAGCAAAGAUGUUGCGUCCAGCUCGAUUCCUUUGCCUAGCUUGUAUAAUCUGGGCCACCCAUGCGAAGAACUGGUUCCAAUAAUUUGCUGUACCGCAGAUGAAAGAACGAACAUUGUAACGAUUUCCGAGUUCAGUAGUUCUCAGAAGAGUUGCAUUGUUGCUUCAAUUGAAAGUCUAGAAAUGUUAAUCACGCAUGACUCAAAAAGAGGUCAUAGAUUUUGGAAAAUUCGAAAAGCGACCGAAGGCGAAAAGGAGGAUUUUUAUCAUCAAUGUGAGCUUAAAUUGUGUGAAACGCAUUUGACGAGAAUGAAAGAGCCGGCUAAAACACCAGGGUUCCAUUUGGAUAAAACUGCAAGCGUCUUUUCCCCAAUUUUGAAGCCCAAUUUCAUGAGUCAUCAGAAGUUUCGCUCUCCGUUUUCAGAGAAACAAAGCCCUUUGUUCAGAAAAAGUUAUAGGUUAACGUCUCAACCUCUUUGUCAAAGCUCUCCUUACAUCAAUUCUACAAUUUCGGAAGCACAAUCGUCUACUCAUUUAAGCAGAAACUCCCAUGUUUUGCCCUGGUUUGAAAUGCCGUUGACUCCUAAUUUAUGCUUGGAACUAAUCGCUAAUGAGGACUCCUUGACAUCGAAACAUACGUCGAAAUUCGUUGCUUCCAAAGCUUUUACAACAUCUGAUUUUCUGGGAAACAAGUUUAUUUGUCUGUUUAUAGGGCAAAUUGAAAGUCUAAGCUUGUUCAAGGUAUCUGAAACAAAAACAGCCAAAGCUACACAUUUUGAAAUGAUAAAAACGUCAACUAUAUCAUGUUUUGAUGCAAUAGAUAUCGAAGACCUUCCAUAUAUGGCAGUUUUGGAGAAGGAAUCAGCAGUCGCUCUGUACUCUGGGCCACAAAAAGUGUGUAAAGUUAGAUGUCCUGAUUUGUUUAGUUCUACUUUGAACAUGGAAAGUUCAGUCAAUAACUGGAAUUCUAUUUAUAAUUUCCACGCUUCUGUCGGUAGAACAGUAGUCGGGUACACGUUUGGAGUUACCAACGUUGUUUACCUAACUUUGCCCAAACUGUUUGAAAACCCGGCGGUCGAGUUGUUUUUACAGAGCUUCAAACGUUGCUUUUCGAACGCUGAUUUCACACAGUUUGCGGUCAAUUGGUUUGUUUGUAGAAAUGCUAUUGGGAAAACUGUCGAUUCCCAAUGUGAGUUUAAAUUGUUUGUCUCGUUUCUGGAAAAUGAGUUUGGAUUUGUUGAAAUUGAAAGUGCGCGUAGGUCGAGGUCAAUGGACAGUUGUUCAGAUUUGAGUUCAAAAAAGGUCAAAAGAAACGACAUUGGAACAGAAGACGACUUUAAGGAAAUGAUGCAAACUGGGUUUGUGGCUGAAUUGGCCGAUUUGUGUCUUUUUACGAAAAGUAAUGAAAACAAUCACGAAAGUUUACCCGAAACGUCACCGGGUAAACCUAAAGCGCAGGCAGCUACAAAACUGAAAUUGAACAAAAAUUUUGAAUUAGUUUUCAAAAUUGCGCAUGUAAUUUAUGAAGAUUUAAAACUAGAUUUGACUAAAAGUGUGGAAACUGAAACUUUAGCUAUGUUUUUGGCUUCGAUAGCCCAUAAAUUGGGCUUAGAGGAAGUCAAGUUUAGAUAUUUCUCUGAUUUUCCUGUCGAGAUUUUCCCUGCAAAUCUGCGCGAUAAUCAGACAAAAUUGCCCUUGAAAGCGGAAAUAUUUAUUACCGAAUAUGGAAAUGAAUUAGAUGACUUGGAGGCUUUUUUUACCGGUUGUCAUGGUCUUGUGUCGAGUUUUAUUUGUUGGGUUAGAGGCGCACUGAAAUGUAAGAAUUGGACUGACAUUUUAUUAGAGUUUGAAGCACUUCGGGCUACUGAAAUGGAAUGGAAUUCUUGUGGUAAAGAAAACGGGACGAAAAAACGGGACGCUUUGGUGGAUGCAAUUAAAAACAAUCCGAGCACCCUAAGCAUGUUUCCUGUUAUUUGGGGAGUAACUGAAAGAAUUAUCAAAGUGGCAGUUGUUUACAUGUAUUAUGCCUACUUGAAGACAUCGGACAAAGAAGAAUUCAAUGAAAGAGAGAAUAAUGAUAAUGGGAAAAUUUCACUUUCGGCAGUUAUUUCUAAAAUUCUAAUUGAUCUGAUGGGUAAUGAAAUGCCAUUGGAAUUGGAAAGAAAAUUGAAUUUGAGAUUUUUUCCAUCAAGCACAUUAAAAAAUCUGUCAGCGGAAAGAGACUCAAUUGAAGAGAAGUCAGGAUCAGUUGACUUUAAUUUGAAGUCGGCCUCUUUCUCUGAACGGAUGCUAGUCUUAAUGGAAGUAAUGGGCAUUGAUUCAGAUUUUGUCUGCACUUUGCCCGCAGGUGUUUCACUUCCUUUUUAUGACGUCAUUUAUCAUGGUCAUUUGAAACCCUCGCUUAAUUGGACCCAAAAUGCUAUCAACUUGAUCAAAAGGCAGGAUUUGAUAUCCCAGAAAGCGACCCUAACUCGAGCGAAAGACAUGAGCAAAAAGGGGAUUAAAAAUACUUCCAGUGAAAUGAUCACGUCUAAAAGGGGCACCAGUACUUAUUACAUGAGCAGAGACGCUAAGUUAGGCCCAUUUCAGGGUAAAAAUUCUGUGCAAGGGACGAUUUUGAAAACAAAUGGGUUGGAAAUGGACAUGGAAGUGCUUAAUGUCUUAUUUCCUGAAGACAGUAGAAUUCAAUCUGUUUCAAGAAUGCUGAAUUCAUCCCAACCGAUUAAAGUGAAAGCAAACUACCAGCAGCAAGAUCUGCAGUUGAUAUUGGCCCAUUAUGCCAAGCGAACAAUGGCUUUGCCCGUGGGCAGAGGCAUGUUUGCACUAAGCUCAGUUUCGCCUAAUAUAACGUCUACAGAACCGAUUCCAGAGAUGAACUUCUCGUGUAAAGUGAUGCCUAAAAAUGUGUCGGUACAGAUAACGACUAACACGCUAAGUUUCCCUGCUAGAAGUUGGGCUUUUUUCCACAACGGAGCUGCGACUGGGUUGAGAAUUGAUCAAAGUGUUCAGGAUGUGGACUCCGCUUGGGUCAUGUAUAACAGACCGAAGACAGCAAGUUCGGGAGAGCAUGCCAGCUCACAUGCCGGGUUCCUGCUAGGUCUGGCUCUGAACGGGCUGCUGGAUAACAUGUCGACAUACAACCUGCACUCGUAUCUGUGUCGCAACCAGGAACUGACGAGCAUCAGUUUGUUGUUGGGUCUCUGUGCGUCCAAACAGACCUCGAGAGACGAAGUGCUCGUGCGGACUAUUACAUUGCACAUAGGUGCGCUUUUGCCGCCCAAUGGUGCUGAGCUGGACGUGGGCUUCAACGUGCAAACUGCGGCUCUUCUGGCAGCUGGCUAUUUGUUCAUGUCUUCUGGAGACAAACACAUGGCAGAUGUGAUGCUCAAUCAAAUCAACAGACCACCUGGUCCCGAAACUGAGAACUGUAUCAACCGUGAAUCAUACUCGCUAGCAGCUGGACUGUCUCUUGGCAUGAUUCUACUGGGCAAAGGACCAACUCUAUUCGGAGGGCCCAAAAGUGGAGCAUCAUUCACCAGUCAGCUUUGCUCCUACAUCAAAGGCGGCUCCAACCCCCACAUUUUGCUCCAAGCUAAUUGUGAUCAAACGAGAGAAGGUGAAAAUAUCAACCUAUUAGUCACUUCACCGGGGGCAUCGCUAGCUACUGGGCUAAUUUUCUUCAACACUUGUUCAUACUCGAUUGCUGAUUGGUUCACGCCUCCUCAAACAGCUCUGACAAUUGACUCGGUGCUACCUGAACAUCUUUUAGUUCACGUCGUGGCAAAGUCGUUAAUUUGUUGGCAGGAAAUUCUUUUCACUCAUGAAUGGGUGCUUAGUAAUUUACCCUUAUUUCUGAAACCUUUUUUGACACGUGAUCUCAAACCGAAUGAGGAAGAACUUCUUGAUUUCUCAUGUUGGCAAGCGUUUUGUAAUAUAAUCGCGGGUAGCUGUUGCGCGUUGGGACUCCGUUUUGCGGGCAGCCAAAACAAAGGAGCUUUUACUCUGGUAUUGCAAUUUUUGAAGGCGUUUCUCAUUCUGUUCGAAUCUGGAAGUGGUUUCGACGCAAACACAGGAUCCAGAACUGUGUUCGUAUGUCUACAGACAACUCUGGUUGCAAUAUGCAUGAUAAUGGCCGGAACUGGAAAUCUGGAACUUUUGGCAAUUAUCAGAAAACUGCACUGUCCGCCAAAAACAGUUGGACCAAAUUUUGAUUAUGGUCAGCAAAUGGCUAUUCAUAUGUCUUUGGGACUACUCUUCCUCGGAGGCUGUCGUUAUACCUUACGUAAUGACCCUGAAGCAAUUGUGUCACUGUUAGCGGCUUUCUACCCUACAUUUCCAAUAUCCAGUGACGAUAAUCGCUACCAUUUACAGGCUUUCAGACAUCUAUACGUUAAAGCGUGCGAGCCUAGAUUGCUAUUGACAAGAAAUGUCACUAAUCACUCGAUAGAAAGAGUUUUGGUGAAAGUUGUUCUACACGAGAGCUUGCAUUACGACGAAUACGCCUUUGAAAUGGUUACACCCUGUCUUGUACCGCAGUUAGACCUAAUUUCACGAGUUGAAGUAAUUAACAGAGCUCCGUUGUAUAGAUUUUUGGCGACAGAAACAUACCUAAACAGCAACGAGUCUCGAAAAGAGUUCGCCCUACUCUUGAAAUCAUUUCUUUUUGUUCAGCCUCAUUGCAAUGAAAGCCGAAGUCGCCUAAACCUUCAUGAAAAUAAAAAUGGUUCCAAUUCGGCUAUGCAUAAAUAUAUGCAUCGAGACGAUGCUAUAAAUACGAACUCUACCGAAAAUUCUUUUGUGCAACCGUUCUUAGAAGCUUUCAAGCAGUCUGUUAAAAGUCUCGACCAGAUAUUAAUUUCAUCGCAAUUAAACAAAAAUAAACACAUUUCCCCGGCUGGUUCAGAAAUUCAAACCACCGGAACGUUUGAUCCGAGAAAUACUUCUGACAAAGCACCUAAGUGGAAAAAAGGAUCGUGUCAUAAUCAAUUGGAUCAAUACAAAUCAAAGUAUAACCAUCAAAGCGAGAUUUCUCAACCGGAAAAGUCUUCGUCACCCUGUAAGUAUCAAAAUACAAAGCAAAUAUUAAAGCAACUAGCACUAUUCGAAGCCUUUGUCGAAGCAAAUUGUGACAACUCAAUUUUGACUCAUAAAGAGUCUCCUAUCGCGAUUUCGCCCGGAAAUGAUAGUUUAAAUCUAAACGAGAAACUAAAUUUCACAGAUAAUAGCUGGCUCAAAUGUUUAAGUUGGACCAUUAGUACGAAAUUAACAUACCAGCUAGAAGCCUACUUAAGCAACCAGUUUUGCGAUAUUUGGAAAUAUUUUCUGUCCUUUGAUUUAAAAAAUGCCCUUGAAAAUACUUCAUUACCAGAAUCUCCAGUUAGUUCAACAAGUGGGUCUCAAAAUUCUAACUCACGUCCGAAAAGCAGCAGAAAUCGCGGCACCGAACAUGCCUCGAAAAAAUCAGGAGGGGGAGUCGUUACAACAUGUGUCGAUGCAAAUUCGAAUGCAAAAGAUCCUCAUGAUACUAAAUCUUUUUCCUCUACUGAACAAUUUGAGGGAAAUAUCGGACCAGAAAUGAGUUCUUCCAGGCUACGAUUUCGUUUCAAUUUGAAGGAAGUGAACUACUUAACUGAGCUGAAUUCUUUCUUGGGGGUCGAUGGCAAUUUAAUUUGCUCUUCAAUUCGAAAUUCACUUUCACCUGAACAGAGAUUGUAUAUUGAAGAAAAGGUAUUUAGAAGCUACUUGUCGUUCAGCAAGACAGAUGAUUAUUCGGCAGCAAAAUCUAGUGACCGCAUUAACGAACGAGGGGACAAAAAUACUAGCACAUUGGCUUCCUCGCUCAUAAAUAUCACUGUUGGCAAGAGAGGCGGUCCUAAUACUAGCUCUAAUUUACAGCAAUGGACCAAAUCCUGUAGCAGGACUACCAUUACAGGCAAUAAUUCAGUGGAUAUUGCAAGUGGGGAAAAUCUACAGGAAUUUAUUCAGUUCGACCACUUGCUUCCCAACGUACUAGCGGUCGUGAGAGACAGUGCCUGUAAACCUAGUGGCGACGCACUUUUCCCAGUGACCGAGAGGAAAAAGGGAAAAGAAGCUAAAAGGAAUAACGGUAUAACGGCUACAAAUAGAAGUGAGGCUACGGUAGUAGCGCAUUUUAGUGAACUGCAAUUGGCGGUUUUGUUCCACGUGCUUUGCGUUAUUUCCUCAGCUUCACGCAAUCUUAGAGUUUAGACCGCUUUUUUAGCUAG